AUGACUAGCAAGGCGGAGAAAAAACUUACAGCGGACCUUCUGACGAGACGACGAGCGUGUGCUGAGCGAGAUGUGGUGGAGAAGUUCAUCGCGGACUACACCUAUGAACGGGAUUGUUGCCAGGUUUCGGUACGUUUGGAGGCUCUCAACAAAUGUAACGAGUUGUUCUUGAACGUGCAGAACGACAUCGAGCUGGGUGAUCACGAGGAUAAGUUUGAAGGUCAUCUUGAGUUCCGGGCUGAUUUUGAGGAUCGAUUUUGCAGAGCGAAAGGUUUUUUGCUGUCUAAACUGGAAAGCAGGGAGCAUCUUCUGAGUUCGACGAUCAUGCACGCAUCGACUUCUCAUAGCAUGUCUUCCAGUUUCCAUCAUCGGUUGCCGAAAAUCGAUCUACCGAAGUUUAGCGGGGAUGAAUCGCGAUGGAUAUCAUUCCGCGACAAUUUCAUUUCGAUGAUUCACUGCAACGAGGACAUACCGAUCGUCAACAAGCUGCAGUACCUGUUACAGUCACUGGAAGGAGAAGCCAAGAAACCAUUCGAAUCGGUAGAUAUCCAAACCGAUAAUUAUUCAUCCACAUGGGACGCUUUGAAAAAGCGGUAUGACAACAAGCGUUUCCUUAGGAAAGAGCUUUUCCGUGGCCUGUACAACCUUCCACCUCUUCAGCAUGAGUCCGCACAAGACCUCAACACACUGGUUGACGAUUUCCAGCGACACGUCAAGGCACUGGGGAAGUUAGGUGAACCGAUAGAUCAUUGGGACACUCCGCUCAUCUUCAUCCUGACCAAUAAAUUGGAUUCGGCGACGAUUCGUGCGUGGGAGCAAGAUACUCGACAGAAGGACGAGGUGAAAUACGACGAGCUCAUCGAGUUUCUCAUCCACCAGGUCCGGAUGUUGAAAUCCGUGGACAGCGAUCUUCAGCAUCGUUCCUCAGUGCCCACCGCUUCCAAGGUGGCCGGCCAAAUCCCGAAGAAACCAGUUCCCAUCCGAUCAGUUGUGAACACAGCUACGUCCGAAACUCAAUCCAGUACUUCGUCAUGCCACUGUUGUUUGAGAACACAUCCGCUCCACCAAUGUCCAGCAUUUUCAAACCUGUCAAGCUCCCAACGGCGAGAGCUUGUGACACAGCACAGCCUUUGCUGGAAUUGCUUCCGCGCGAACCACCAGGCAAGAUCCUGUAAAUCCAAGUUCCUGUGUAGGAUUUGCCAAGCGAAGCACCAUACGAUGUUGCACGACUCAGCAGCACCACCGAAUGAGUUCUCACCCGAGAGAUCACAUCUCACACAAGUGAAUCCAGGCCCGAGCGGUUCACUUAGCCCACCAACAACAGCCUCGCUGUUAGUAGUCGACCGAUACGGCAGAAAGAUCCAAGCACGAGCUCUACUUGAUUCUGCAGCGAUGUCAAAUUUCAUCACCAAGAAGCUGGCGAACGAGCUCGCCACCCGUCAAAGCCCCGUGGACAUCGCAGUUGCCGGAAUUGGAGAGUCAGUCAAGCGUAUCAAGCACAAGUUAGCUGCCAAGAUCAUAUCCAGGAACAGCGACUUUUCCACCACACUCGAUUUCCUCGUCAUGAAGAAGCCAACCUCCCAUCUUCCCACAUCCCCGAUCGAUACAACUGCCUGGAAAAUGCCAAAGGUUCCAUUGGCGGAUCCUCAGUUCCACGUUCCAGCAACAAUCGACAUGAUCAUCGGUGGAGAAUGUUACCACGAGUUCCACACAGGCGUACGCCACUCUCUUGGUGAUAAUUUACCGUUUUUGGUGGACACCCUCUUUGGCUGGACAGUUUCCGGCAAAGUGGAUUCCAGCUCCACCACCGCACCGCGAGCGUGCUUCCUCUCCACCGUUGAUCAAACCCGAGAAACGAUCCCUGGGGAGUUCCGGCCAAUGAAAACCGCCGAUGGGAGCCUGAGAAUGGAAGCUGAACCCUCCACCACUCAAAUCCACAAAAAAGGAUGCAUCGCCCGCCAUUCCCGGUCCAAUAAUCCAAAAACCACCCUUGGAGAUUCGAACACAAAGGCCACACAACGAAACUCCACCAGAAAUGCACACCACAAAAUCCCUGGAAGUCACGCUCAACCCGGAAAAAAGCACGACAUGGAUCCUGUUGACGACAAUCCACACUGCUAUCGGCCACAUCACCCGGUGCUCAAGGAAGCCAGCAAAACCACCAAUGAACGCGUGGUAUUCGACGCAUCCUGUGAGCCCAAUUCAGGCGCCGCUAAGGUCAACGACGAAGGAGAAGACGCUGCCUGUGGAUCCUGCUGCUACGUUGUCCCUUUGGUCAAGCAGCCGUCUGUUACCUGUCUGGAGUUAUGCGCACCUGUUCUGCCAGAGGAGGAUACUGAUGGGCUCAGUAGGAGACGCGUUCCGGAAGUGCACAUCACAGCUAGUGAACUGUCCAGUAAUCUACAUUCCUCCAACUUCCCCGAAAACCCUGGUUGUUCCUUAGACGUCCUUUUGUACCCCGCCAUCAUCGAGAUCCUUCUACAAAGACCGGCAGAGCACGCCGAACGUGACUCACUGCGCAUGUCGAGCGCUAAUAGAUCCUCUCCUACAACUAUCCAACAUUUUCAUCGAGUAUUCGUCAAAAUGUACCAAGCCACCACAACGCAGAAUCGUCCAAGAUCGGUAGAACACGCCGAACGUUGCUCAACGCGCUUACGGAGCGCUAACAGAUCGCCCAUUGUGCAUCAUAGCCAAUUCCCCACGCUCACGUCGAGAAUGGUCAGCUCUAUCUAUGGCGUUAGCAGAUUCUGCAAAGAUCGGUAG